GAGAGGAAAACAACUGAAUGGAAGUGUAGUAAUCGUGGAGACAGCGACAGAGUAAAGUAAGAGGAAGAGAAGAGGUAAACAAACAGCUCAGAACAAGAGAGAAAACACGAAGGGAAGGAGAGCACUGGACUGUUCAACUCUAUCUGAAAUACUUUCUUGGUUCUCAACUCUAGUGGUUCAAAGACUAGAUGACCAGCCAUAACACACUCCGGCUCCCUGUCCUGAGACUCUGACAGGAGACAAGGACUCAGACACACACACACUCGUGUACACAAAUACACACCACUGUGGCCUCAUCGACUGGAUCAUGUCUUCAACUGGAUCGACCAACCACAACAAGCGUAUUUCUUCGGAGACAGACAAUAAUCAGAGAGUUGUGGAUAAUGAGUCAUCCCAGCCCCUGAAGCUGAGAGAGAGACAGCGGUUCUUUGAGGAGGUCUUCCAGCACGAUGGAGACAUCUACCUGGCCUCCUCCCAUCUGCACAUCGACUGCAGGAAACCCCCCAUGGGCAGCAUCUCGUCCAUGGCGGUGAAUGUGGACAUGCUGGAACAGAUGGACCUGAUGGACAUCUCUGACCAAGAGGCCCUAGAUGUCUUCCUCAACUCUGGGGCGGAUGACGCCCCUCUUGCCUCGCCUCUACCAGAGGUCUAUGAUGAAGAUGAAGAGGAGGAUGAUGAGAGUGUGGAGGUUGUGUACAGGAAAGGCCACUACUAUGUCUGCCCAGUGACGGUCGCCGGGGGUCAAAGUCCCGCAUGUCAUCAACCUCAUCUGGAUCCAGUGAUAACAGUGGGGGCUGUACAGACACCCCUGUGAUCCAAUCAGAUGACGAGGAGGUUCAUGCUGACACCUGCUGCUGACCUCUGUCCCCCAGGCGAGGGAUGAAGAGACAGAGGAAGAGGAGGAGGAGGAAAGAGGGCUGUCGUCAUAAAAGUGCGAGAUGUCUAAGCAAUGAAGAGAGAGCGAAUAAAUCUGAAAUUUUACAAUCAUACAUCUCUCUCUCUCUCAUUCUCUCUCUCUCACUCUAUCUCUCUCCCUUUGUUGCUAAGCCUUAGACCGCCCCUGUGGAUCUGUCCUAGCAUGGAUGACCCAUUACAGGACAGCAGUGAUGUUGGAGGAUUCUGAGUUAAUUACUUUAACUUAAUUUACUCUAAGACUGAAUCUGUUACCAAACUGUUCUGGUACUGUAGUCUCUCCCAGUUUGGUCUAGAAAUGCUGUUGAAUAGCCAAGACUCAUUUUUGCCUUUUCUUUAUAGUUGACUGGGGCCCUGUUAAUUAUAACUUGAGUCAACUGAUACACCUACUAUUGUUAGACACUCAAACUGGUUUUUCUUCAUUGCUUUCCUUCCCUCCCUGGCACACCCUUUCAGAACACUCCCAUCCACUUACAGCCUUUAGAUCUCUUUGUCAGUUAUUAAGGAGUGUACUUGGGUGGGACUUUUAAAUGUAAACAGAUUCAAAUUCCUGAUCUAUGUGUGACGCUGUACGCCAUUCAGACCAAUGCACUCCAUGCCUCCCUCGGGACACACCCUGUUUAUGUGCUGAUGAAUAUGAGAACUGUAGGAUUAUGUUGCUAGUGAUAUGUUUGUUUGUCCAUAUACCUUUGCAUUUGUCUAAAGGCCUGGG